AUGACUGCUAAUAUCUCGUCUCUCGAAUCCCUUGCAUUAAAUAUCCUACAAAAUUCAUUCUCAGAAAAGAUUGCAGGUGUGGAUGUUCCGGAACUAGAUCCAUGCUCGUUAUGCAACCAAGAACUUUUUUUGUAUGAAAUAAAAAAUCCGAUUACCAUACUCAUCUGCGGUCAUAUAUAUCAUCGCGAUUGUAUCGAAAAUUCCAUCAAAAAACAUUCAAUAUGUCCAAGACCGGAUUGCGAGAAGGAGAUAAAAACUAUGGUCGAGAGCACACCUGGAAGUCUAUAUAUCACUGAUCCAAUGAAUAUAUCUCCAGAUUUUACAAUAUUUCAAGAUACAUCCCAGAAAAAGCAUGUUGGUGAACCCGCCAGUAAACUAUCCAGUAAGAAAGCAAAGAAGCAAGUUUCAAAAGAAGAUUCUCCUAUAUUAAAAAAACUUAUUGAGGAAUUGACAUCAACGAUACCUGAAAAUUCUGAAAAAGCAAUAGAAGUCAACGAAAGCACUGAUAAUUUUUUGUAUCAUUAUAGCAAAAUUACGCAGACUGAAUCUAAAAGUGAGAUAGCAAGUAGGGAAGUUAUUGAAAGUUAUUUUAACUUUGGUGAAGCUAUGAAAAAACGUUUCGAUCAUUACAAGAAUCUCAAACAUGGGGAACGAGCUUGCUUGGCUCUUGUUAAUGAUGAAAUCAGGAAACAACUCCCUGAUAAUAUCACUAAUGAUGCAUUGAAAAAAAGAAAGGAGAGAACGGGAAAAAUAUAUGAUUUAUUUGUUAGUAUUGGUAAAGAGAAAAUAAGAG